AUGGUACCUUCUUCACAGAUGGAUUUCAGCCUGCAGCCUCUUCUGGAAGAGCUCAACCAAAAUGAGUUGAGCAAGUUCAAGUAUCUGUUGAGGACCCUUUCCCCAAAAGAUGAGUUACAGCAUAUCCUCCAGACAGAGAUAGAAAAGGCAGAUGAGAAGCAACUGGCAAAAAUUCUCUCUAAGCAUUGCACCAGCUAUUGGGUGGAGAUGGUGACCAUACGGAUCUUUGAUAAGAUGGACUGA